UGUGGCAGUGUCACCCCAGCCAUCGGCACCGUGCUUCUGCUGCUGUUGCUAACGGCACCGAGAUGGAUGUCGGCGAGUUGCUCAGUUAUCAGCCUGACAGGGGUGCAAAACGUCUCCGUGGUAUUGAUGAAGAUGAUGACGAUUUAAAAGCAUCACACAAGUAUGGCUCGGUUAAAAGAAGUUACCUUGAAGAGAGUGGAACUAUGGUUAAUGAUGAAGAGGAAGAUGCAAGCAAGAAGAAAAUCCUUGAUUUAAUGGAAACUGAUGAGGCUGAACCUUUGGAUGAAAGCUCAGUGAAGAAGAUGAUCUUAACGUUUGAGAAAAGAGCCUAUAAAAAUCAGGAACUACGCAUCAAAUUCCCAGAGAACCCAGAGAAGUUUAUGGAAUCCGAGUUGGAUUUGAAUGACAUUAUACAGGAGAUGCAUGUGAUUGCCACCAUGCCAGAUCUAUACCACUUGCUUGUGGAGCUCAAUGCUGUUCAGUCCCUGAUUGGUCUUCUUGGCCAUGAAAACACUGAUGUUUCCAUUGCGGUUGUGGAUCUCCUGCAGGAGCUUACAGAUAUAGAUACCCUGCAUGAGAGUGAAGAAGGAGCAGAAGUUAUCAUAGAUGCUUUGUUGGAAGGACAAGUGGUAGCGCUGCUGGUUCAGAACCUGGAACGGUUGGAUGAGACGGUGAAGGAAGAAGCAGAUGGUGUUCACAAUACAUUAGCUAUUAUAGAAAAUCUAGCUGAGCUUCGUCCUGAAAUGUGCACUGAAGCAGCUCAACAAGGUCUUCUGCAGUGGAUGUUGAAGCGAGUAAAGGCCAAGAUACCUUUCGAUGCCAACAAGCUCUACUGCAGUGAAAUUCUUGCUAUUUUGCUUCAGAAUAAUGAUGUCAACAGAGAACUACUUGGUGACCAGGAAGGGAUUGAUGUGUUGUUGCAGCAACUAUCAUUGUUCAAACGUCAUAAUCCCAGUACAAACGAAGAGCUGGAAAUGAUGGAGAACCUGUUCGAUAGUCUUUGUUCUUGUCUGAUGUUGAGCUCCAAUCGGGAUCGUUUUCUGAAGGGGGAAGGGCUCCAGCUAAUGAAUUUAAUGCUCAGGGAAAAGAAAAUGUCCCGAGCCAGUGCUUUAAAGGUGUUGGAUCAUGCUGUGAUCGGUCCAGAAGGCUCUGAUAACUGUCAUAAGUUUGUAGACAUCCUUGGACUACGAACAAUAUUUCCCCUUUUUAUGAAAACGCCGAAGAAAAUGAAAAAAGCUGGAAUGACAGAAAAAGAACAUGAAGAACACGUUUGUUCAAUUCUUUCUUCCAUGCUUCGGAAUUUGAAAGGUCAACAGCGAACUCGACUACUUAACAAAUUCACAGAAAAUGACUGUGAAAAGGUCGAUCGACUAAUGGAGCUGCAUUUUAAGUAUCUGGAGGCUGUGCAGAUAGCGGACAAGAAGAUUGAUGGAGAAAAACAUGAUAUGGUCCGCCAAGGGGAAAUAAUCGAUGAUGAUAUGGAGGAUGAAUUUUAUCUGAGGCGUUUGGACGCUGGCCUCUUUGUCCUUCAGCUAAUUUGCUACAUAAUGGUGGAGAGCUGCAAUGCUGGAAUCUCUCAGAUAAGGCAGCGUGUGCACCAGAUCCUGAAUAUGCGAGGUGGUUCAACCAAAGUGGUCAGGCAUAUCAUGAGAGAAUACGCAGAAAACAUUGGUGACGGGAAGAAUGACGAGUUUAAAGAGAGUGAACAGAAAAGAAUCCUGGCACUUCUUGAAAAUUUCUAAGAUGACAGUGUCAUUCAGACCUGCAACUGCUAGAGAUGUUUCAAGAAAUGCGUAGCAAGCCGUCACGCUGAAGUACUCCAGCGGGCACACUGGAAUCUUCACUAUACUUUGAAUAUUGGCAGUGGUAUUGAUUUUUAACAAACUUGCAAAAUGUGCCUCUUUCCCAACAAGAUUGAUGCUGAUGGGGCAGUAUGUUAUUCCAUUGACUAAAGAUCACCACUCUGGAGAUCAUUUCAAUUAAAUUACACUCAGCUUUUUUCGAAAGUGCAACCAAUGAUCUGUUUCAAUAAUUUAUCUUUAUCAAAACCAUAUUCAUUUUCUUCCAGUAUUGUCAAACGGGUAGACAUGGAAUUUAUAGAAAGCAAUUGGCAUUUUAUUACAAACAAAUUCCCGGUGUACUCAUUGAAAACAUAGCUGGUUUGCAUUGCAUUUUUAAAUAUUUUUGUUCUGAUGUAAAUGUACUUGUUAUACUUUUCACCCUUAAUACAUAUAAACUCGGAAAGUUGCAAUUCCAUCUUGCAUUUUAAUGGUACACAUUGAUGCUGAAAUAUAAAGAUUGUUUUGUAUUAAUGUAUUGAAAUUAUUCCAUUUUUAUUUGUUCACCCAGUAAGACAUUUUGUGCGUGUACAUUCAAAACUCCAGGUUUGACUGUUUUCUUUAUAGCUUGCUUGUCAUUGGAUUAGAAAUAAAAACUAAACACAGACCUGUCAGCAUACGAGAGGAGAAGCCUCGGAGACACUUUACCCAAGAUACUAUUCGUUUUACCCUUUUCCAAAUGCUGGUCCCAAAUGGUAGUUCCCACUUUUUCUGCAUUUUUAAAAUUAAUUUUCAACAUUCCUGCUUUUCCCAUUACUACAAAUGUUGUUGGCAAGUAAUUAAAUCACUGAUAUCCUAACAUUUUGAGCUGUUAUUUGGCUUAAUGAACUGGGGAGUUGUGGAUAAAGAUGUUAUUAUUUUGGUAGCUGUGAAAAUGGAUGAUUAUUAAUUCCCAAAAAUGUUUGCUGGUAUUCAUUUGUACAAAUAAAGGUGUUUAAAAUGCCA